GUCUUGGAAAUACUCGAGGCGGCUGACGUACCGUUCAUUGACCUGCUUCGCAUUGUGUCGGACGCUCGCCACAACCGAGGGAAGGAGAGGUACUGGGGUCUGUUCCGGGAUACCACUGGUGUCACGGAGAUCCUGGACAUGUGGGUCUCCUCUGAAAACAGCAUUACCGGCCGAGAGACUCUCCGCAACUGGGCAACUGCAUACAUCGCACGGCUUGUGUCCCGUGAGGGUCAUGCCGUCUGCAAGGAUGGGUUCCUGCGCACGGAGAAGCGAUCCAUUGACGAGGACUUUGCACUGGACUUCAGCCUUGAAUCGCUUGCCGCUGGCCUCGACAACCUCUGCCCCACAAUGAUGGCUCUCCUGUCUGCAUUUGGGACCUCUACAAGACAGAAGCGCAGCAACACGCGCACAGGAGUGCGACGACACCUGAAUUACCUCACCACAGGCGCUUUGAUCUGUCUCAGCGCACGGAGCCAAAAGAAUAACUAUGCACGCCAUAUCUUUGGAUUGUAUGCAUACGCCUCUGGAGCAAAGCGACAAAUGAUUGAAUUGCUAUCGCACCUGGGAUUGUGUAGCAGCUACAACACUCUCGCUGCAAACCUUGGCGAUGACCGCCUCCCGCCUGACGAUGACCAUCUCCCGCCUGAUACGACCCCUGCAAGCGACACGGAUAGUUCAGGAUCAGACGACGAAGACAGCGACGAUGAAGACAAGUGCGUCGAAGGGAUCCUCAAGCGCCUUUCAGACGCAUGUCGACGCGCUGCACGUGCAAACGCGUCGUCGCGUCUCGUCGCGUUCGUGUACGAUAACAUCAAUAUUGUAUUUCGCGUGGCCGAGCAAGCGUCCGGGAAUAAGGACACCAUGGAGAACGGAACAUGCGCGACGGCGUUCGAGCUGUUUGGAGCAAGCGAGGACGCCAUGCAGACAGCAGACCUCAUGGCCGGCAUCAUCAACGCUGGACCUCUCAGUGUUGCAGACAUACUCUUCACGCCCGAAGAGAGCCGCGAUUUCAAAGCGAUCCUCCAGCACACCGUUCUCAAUGUCAUAGCAACCCAUGGCGGCGAACCCUUUGCGCACUUCAAGAAGGACAUCGACGUGUUUGGACCACUCCUCGAGACACGCAUACCUCUGCAUCAGACCAAGAUCUUCCCUCUGCCCUCCAUGAAGAUCGACGAAUCCACAAUAGUGGGAAACGCAGACGUGACAAAGACCGUUCUCGCUGAGCUUGGGCAGGACAUGGAUGCAGAUGGCUUCACAGAGGUUGUCCGGAUCAUCGCAGGCGACCAGCUAUCCAUUGCUCGCUUGCGUUCGCUCAUGAAGAAUCGGUCAGGUCAUGACUCCUUCGCCAACUCGUAUCUCUGGGCCGUCGUCAUGCCCGGGCUCUUUCAUUACAAGAUGGCCACUGUACAUGGCAUUAUGGAACGUCAUUACGGCUACACUACGAGCCAUCACAACCCGGGUUCACUCGCAUUCCACAACACCGUCCUAGACCGUAAACCGAUCACUGUGACCAGUCUUCCACCGUUCCGCGUGUGUCAAGAUCUCAUCUUCGUCUCACUCUACGCCCGCGUCCUUGUCUGUCUAGAGCAUGUCAGCUCAUGCGACACCCUUGAAGACUACGCCAAGCAUGUGUCAUGGGCACAGCUCAGACAGCACGCAGCCGAAAUUGUCGACCGCUACACGAACAGCCGAACAGUGGGCCGCCUGCGUACUGCUCGUGCUGCGGCGCUUCGCAACGGUGUACCCGAGCAUGGUGGCACUGUUGCAGCAUCAACUCAGGCUGACUCGGAGGGAGAUAUGGUAUACGAGAAUGCGCUUCUGUUCCUGCGUGACGCGCUCGUUCUGCGUGCACUGACGAACGCAAUCAAGAUGGGGGUCUCCGGUCGCGUAGUCUUGAUCCUCAAGGCAUUGGCACUGAUCUAUCGCGGCGCCGGACGCACAAAAUACGCUCAGGAAGUCCUAUACCUGGUACAUAAUAUGACUCACAUAUGGCCCGAAGGACUACGCAAAAUCGUCUUGAACAAUUGGCUCGUUAAUCCGACCGGCAAGCCAAAUGCCUGGGUCGAAGUCGACCUCAUGCAGGAACAUGAGAACUUCUGGAUCAAAACAAUCUACCGAGCACACGGGAGCAACGGGUCAUGGGAAUGGCUCGCCAUGAUAUCGCCAUGCAUCGAUAUCCUGCGCCGCCUGUCCACGCAGAUGAACGCGUCCCUAGGCGCGAAGCUGGGAUCAAAGCAUACGAGUCCCAGUAUACAGAAGGACAUUACCGUGCUCAUGAAAUCCCUGCACCACCACCAAGUCUACGAACUCCAUCCCGGCCGCACGAUUGAUGACGACAAGCCCGUUGUACCCGACGCGCUGACGUAUGGACUAGAGCUUCUUGAAGGGCCACUCGAGGACUUCAACCGCACGUUUGCAAAGCUGCAAGCGCGUUGCCGAUCGACCCCUCUUGUAGGCGCGAGGUAUCCAGGCAUCCGCGCGACCUUCGACUCGGCAACGACGGUUGUUCCGGCCGCGAGCUCCAGUGAGCCGCAAACAGUCGCGGUCAAUACAGCGCCGACCAGCGAGGGCCACGCAGAGGGCGCGUCGGAGGGCACGUCAGAGCAGCUGGCGGACAGGCAAAGCGGCGUGGUGAUAGAACAAAGUGAAGAUCGCGAAGGAGACGGUUUCGACGAGGACUCAGAUGACGAUGAAGAGGAGGACCUUCAGCCGCAAAGCAUGUUCUCACUUGAUACGCCGGGCGACGUGGCGCUUGAUCCCGAUCGUGUGGACGACUUUGAGUUUGGACUAUGAUACUGUAUAAUUUCUGUAACUACUGUCUCCGUGCAGACGACGUGAGGCACUUGCAAUGUUCACGAGUCCUCAUAGCACGGUAUGCUGAAUUUCUCUA